GUUGGAAACACAAUUUGGUUUGACCACAUUCUCUUCUUCAGAGUCAUGGAUUCGUCGUCUCUGGUAAACGCUUCUAGCCCUUCAAUUAAUCGUAUCGAACCACAGUCUCAACGGCACGGACCUCGUUCUGAGACUCCUUCUCCUACUCUCCCAGAGAUUCCAGCUGCGGAACUUGAUCUCACUUUUUCCUUUGACACGAUCAUGGGUUUUUCAAAAAUUUCAGAGCCACAGGCCGAGAAAGUCCAGAAGCGAGCUAGUAACGUGAUGAAACUAACACAGGAGAACGAGAAGUUGAAAGAGGAGCUAAGGGCGAUGACUGCUCGGUUAGAAGCCGCUGAACGCAAACGUCAGGAGUUAGCUAGCAGAUAUCAGCAACCCGCACAAUCCGGCCGGUCAUAGUCUUGGGUUAUCCUUAAACACGAUCCCUCUGCAUGGCAAGACCCGCUUUAAAUGGACUAUUUUACUCAGUUCACGCUUGAUACCCCUCAUUCCUUCCCACAUCUUUGCUCUCGUUGCCUUGUCGUUGUUAUAAGCAUUAUUUAGACAUUCUAUCCGAUUUACAUCCGAUGAGAUACACACAGCGUGCAUGACACCACGCUCCAUGGUCCGAGUUAACGAUGUCCAGAAAUCGGUUCACGGACGGUCACCCUCCCGGUGACAGGGUGCGAAUAAAUAGCGCUCCGUGUGUACAGUGAGACGCCUGUCGUUGUUCCUCAAGUACUAAGUGCAGGUGUUGGUCCUGCAACGAGUACUCCACCUAUUCCCCCCAUCUGUUAUCUCAAAAUUGAUAAGAUGGCCUCCACACGUAGA